GUUUUAAUCUGUGGCCGUAUUGGUUGAGGAAAGCUCAGUGUGUGAGUAGCAGAGCGUAGGUGGAUUGUAGUAACCUCUCUGUUACAAGUAAUUGUUCAGAAUUUACUGGAGCAGUAAGAAUCCAUGUUUGUUGAACUAAUGGAAGCAGGAUAUUGAGCUGUCAUUUUUAUUUUAGAAACUACUUUUGCUUUGUUUUUAAACUAUGGAACCAAAACCUUGUGCUGUAAUAGCGAGCUGCACAAGUACCCAUCCCCAAGAAAUAAUCAAAUUGAUAUUGGGCGUUGAUGAACUUCCCAAGCCAAGCCAAAUAGAAGACGGAAUUUAUGCCUAUCCUUGGCAUAUUGAUACAAAGUAUUAUACCACAGAUGUCAAUUUGUGCUCUGUCGAAAAGAAAACUUUGGGUAGUGAGCAGUUUGCUAUGUCUGUUGAAGCGGUUGUUAUACAUUUUGAUAGUAACAAGAAUGAUGGUUUAGCUGCUGUGGAGAGUUGGCUUUCAUUCCUUAAAGAAUUUGAGCCAGAAGUACAAAUACUUUUGUGUGAAAGAUGUCAUGAGAACCCAUCGGUUGGAGUUUGUAGAGUGACAGCCCAAGAGUGGUGCGUCGAGCAAGGCUUCGAGCUUGUGGAGCUGAAUCCAGAACUGGAUACAGAGUGGGAGGCGGAACAAGAUUUUAUUGAAACAACUGGCAUUAAACGAGUCGUUCAAGCCAUGCAUGCUCAUCUGUGGCCAAAUCUGCGGAUGAAAGGUAAACCUCAACAUUUGUCUAGAACCGUACAGUCAAUGUUGAAUGGUGGUGAAACUGUGGGUGGUGAGAGAUGCCCGGUGUCCGAAUUAGUUCAGAAUUUACAGAAUGUUCAACUGGGUGCACAUAGUGAACCAGUACAUGAUGCAUCUGUUACUGGUGCAAAUAUAAAUGACAUUGAGGACCGAAUUGAUGAGUUGUUAGGAGACAGUGGUGGGGUGGCUGGAUUUUCAUCCCUGUUUGAACAACUUCACAACAUGAAGGAGCACGUUCAAGGUCUUCCAAGUGAUCAGAGAAAGGCCUGUGCUGAGGAGGUAGUUAUGGCAUUCUGGCGUGCAAUCGGCGGUGACGCAGAUGAAUUGGAUGGUCUCGGUGAAUCUGGCAGUACUUUUGGUUGAAUGGUACCAACAGUUUAAUCGCAGUAAUUUCACUAUUUAUUUGAAACUAUGUGCAUUAUAUGAAUGUAUAUAUCUUGUUUUCUAUAACUCCAGGUAAAUAUUGAACCAGAAUAGUAAAAUAACCAAUGUAAUUUUCUGAUUUUCUUAUUGCGUGUAAAUUGUUAUUAUAGUCGGCUCAUACAGCUUGACGUUCAGAUAUGGUCUUUGAUACCCGUCAGUUCACGAACAAAUAUCUAAUCUGUACUUGCCUACACAAUCCCAUAUUGAGAAUUUGUGUAAGGUGUGUACUGUUUGUAAGAGUUAAGAAAGUCCCUGUGAUGAAGGCGGCCUGGCAGGCAAGUGUUGUGAACAUGCGAAACCCGUAUUCCGGAGUGGAGAACAUUUCUCAUGCAUCUUUGAUGCUUUAUGCCACUGCUUCCCAAACUUUUUCCUUCAUUACCCAAAACCGCUAAUCAGAAAGUCCUUUUUACCCAAUGUAGGUAAAUUUUUAUUAUUUUAAAUAAAUUAAAAAUUAUAUAAUGAAGAUUACCUUUUCCAGUUGUGUACGGUUCGAUUUAUAAACGCAGCCAGCGCGAUACAUACCUCACAUCGCCAUAGUUAGCAGCACACUGCACCUACAGUUUAGACUAGACAACUAGACUCACUAACUUUAGUUUAGGGGUAGACAUAUUUUUUCAAUUCUCCACGUGCGUGCGAGAACGGCAAAAAUGAUUGAAUCUAAUAACAAGCGUAUGGCGUAUUUAUUAAAUAUCAAAUAAAUACUCAGGACUGUUUUAGAGCAUCAGUGCACGAUGACCGAUCUCUUUCUUCAGAGUACUUCUACGCUUUUACGGUAAAUUUUAAUGUGUAUUCCGAGGCGUGUCGUUACCCGAAGAAAAACCACUUUUACCCCCUUUUUGGGUAAUUUACCCAGGUUUGGGAAGCACUGCUUUAUGCUGUCCUUAAUAUCAUUAUUCAUUUAUUUAAUUUGUUAUUACGGACUUUCAUAACUUCUAGUGUUUUAAUUUAUUUUCAAUAAAAUUUACAUAAACUUAGAAGAAGUGUGUUUUUUGGUCUGCUAAUUGGCACAGGGCCUUAUUUAACUCCCAUGUACAGAAGUACCUCUCCCUAAAAAAAUUGUAUUCAGAAUGUUCUGUAAUUAUUUGUUAAUACUAAAAGUGGAAAUUGUUUGGUCAAAAGAAAGUGAAAAAUUUCCAAAGUUGACCGAUCCCUAAGGCUUUUGUUUCCGAGACAGUUGUAUGUUGACAUCGGAGUUUCGCCAUGAACUUUGGUGAGCUGGUGAUCAGUUUUGGCUGAUGAUACUUUCAUCCAUAAAGUUUGGAUCACUGCAUGGAUUUUGUAACCUGGUUGUAAUUGUGAACUGUCGCUGGGUAAGUUAGCUGCGCAGUGUUGCCAAAGUGAUAUAUUACGCUGCAGCUUUUGUAUGUUCUGUAUUUCCUGUUGGUUAAUGACGGACCUUGUGAACUUUAUUUCUGAUCAUUUCUCAUAACUGCAACAUAUUUCACAAGUUAAAUGUCGAGGGAUGGAAUUUCUUUGUCUCUCUCGACAUGGGGCAAACAGACUCGAUGCCAGUACUUUGAUUGUGCAGUUAUUUUCAGUGUGAUGCAAUGUAUCUUUUACAAAUCUGGGAUAAGUCAUACUGGGGACUCCCGCAAUAUGCAGGAAGCAUCAUUAAUGCCUCAGAUUUAUUGGGUAUGGCUGGUUUUCCAUGUAUAUUCUACAGGUCACAGUGGCCACGUGGUCUGAGGCAUUUGCCUCGUGCCGCUUGGUCACUGGGACCGUGGGUUCGAAUCCCACUCAAGGCAUGGAUGUUUGUCCGCGUCUUUCUGUGUUGUGCUAUCCUGUGUACAGGUAGAGGCCUUGCGACGGGCCAAUCCCUCAUCCAAGGAGUCCUGCCAACUAUCUAUAGAUCAAAGCCAACAAAAAGUUGGGACCCCCAUCUAGUAAUAUUGUAUCCACUGGGCAAUGGGCCCAGUUACAUAGAGUUUGGAGACAGGUAAUUAUUAACAUUUUUUGGUAAAAGUAAGUUUGUUCUGAUUUCACGAAAAUACCUGUUAUCUUUACCCAUUAUCUUGGAACAGAUGAUCCCAAAGGAGGUCAUCUUUUGAAAUAGAUUUAUCGCACAAAAUGUCUGUGAUGGGCAUAUUCAAAUUCUUGAGUCAUUCUUAGUUUUCUCAAAAAACCUGAUAAGAAAUAAGAAUAAAAUGGCUGAGCUGCUAUAUAUGUUUGACAGUUGGAUAAACAUGUCGUAGAUUUGCAGCAUGUAAAAGAAACUUACGAGCAUGAAACGGGACGUUUUGUAAGCAAAAUUCAGCAGCCAUGUUAGUAGUUGAUUUUUGAAGUUCUGUUUGUGAAUUCAGAUGAACAUUUUAAAGUAAUCUGGUAUGUGAGCUUCAUAAAUAUGAGAUGUGGAAAUUUAUGCUGUUGAGUUUGUUGGAUGUCUGUUUUGUACAUAUUUUUUUAAGUUUGAGCUAUGUUUGUUGCUUAUUCUUGUAUAUAUCAUAUUUCACAAAAUCAACAUCAGAUAAUUCCACAUUUCACUUCUCUUCCAUUUAGGUAACUCCAGUUUAAACUUGAGGGCGAGAUAUUGGUGAACUGAUAGGAGAAACAUAUAAUUUCAGAACAUAGAAAUGUAGUCAAACACUUCAAGUUUUGUGUCCAUCGGAUUUUUAUGGUUCAAAGUGACUUCCAUUUGUUAUGCGGCAGACGUCCCAUCUGUAGUCAAUAUCUUGCCACAUGGGGUGUAGCAUCUUCGGUGUCACUUCGGCAACUGCGGCGGUAAUUCGAGUUCGGAGUUCGGCCACAUUUGCAGGUAAGGGUGGCACGUACACUCGAUCUGUAACAAAUCCCCACAAGAAAAAAUCUAAAGGCGUUAGAUUCGGGGAACGAGGUGGCCGUGCUAUUGGUGCGGCCCGACCGAUCCACCGAUCUGGGAAACGGUCGUUGAGGUACUCGCACACUUUUCCGAGGUAAUGAGGGGGUGCACCGUCUUGCUGGAAGUGAAUGCGUCCUGCCUGGUCAUCUUCAUCAAGUUGAGGAAUGAGGAACUGUUGGAGGAUGUCCAGAUUCAUAAUGCCGGUAAUGGUAGUUCGGUACAAUUUUCUCUUUGCCACUGUGGGCCAUUGCUUUUGUGCCACUGACAGCAGUGAAUUGUGACUGAGCGGCAUGUGGAAGUAUUUAACUGUCACAUUCAGUAAGAUCGCUGUAAUUAGAAUCGUCUCCCAGUUGACCCUGCAGGUGUUGUAUUUGAAGUUAAAGAACUGUGUUGUCACUCUUCAACAAGUCUGCUUCAUCGUUGAGCUUUGUGACCAUAUGAAAUAUUAUUUUACCAAGUUCACAUCACUAAUAGGGGUAAAAUAAAUUCCUUAAUUGGUGUAUCAUCUUAAAACUGAAGUGAAAUAAAUGUAUUUAUGUGCAGACAUAAUAAUGAUGAUUUUAGUACAUCUAAGGAUUUUCAUCUUGUAAGGUCAGGUCUUAAUGUUUGAGAAAAUUAUGCUAGGUGAAUAUUUGGACAGAGAUGGGAGGAAGUGACAGGAGGCUGAAGAAAAUGGCAUAAUUUGUGGUCUUCACCAAAUGUUAGGAUGAUGAAAUCAAAGAGGAUGAGGUGGACAGGAUAUGGAGAGAUGAGAUAUACAUUCAGAAUUUUGAUCAGAAGAUUUGAAGAAAAGAGACACUUAGAAGACUUAUGUGUGAAUGGUAGGGUAAUAUUAAAAUGGGUCUUACUGAGACUAGUAGCUGCUCAUCAAGGUACCAUUUAAUUUUGCGUAAUUAAUCUAUAUAUUCAAAUAUCCCCUUAUUAAGCUUUUGAUAUCGAUUUAUAAUUUCAUUUGUUUCUAUAUUAAUUUGCAUGUGAGUUUUUCAAUCUGUAUGCAUAUUCCUGAGUUAUGUGUUGUAAAUUGUUCACUUUUGUAUAUUCUGCUUGUGAAGUUUCUGUUACCACAUAUAUUAAAGGAAAUGGCACAUUGCUCCAUUUAUUCUACGUGAGCAAUAAAUGGAAAAAUUA